AUGGGCAUCAGCAGAAUUCUGGGUUGUCUUCUUGGGUGUCAUAUUCUUUUUAUUCCUUUUUCCCUCCCUGUCAAUGCCCUAACAGCCUAUGACUCUGCUGCCAAUCUUUCAUCUUCAUGGAUUAAUAAUGGGUCUCGAGAUAUUGGUGUUGAUUCUGAAGAUUACUCCACGCUAAGGCCAAUCUUUCUUGGACAAGGCAUCAAUGCGAGUUUCGCAUGUGGCUUCUACUGCAAUUAUAAUUGUGAAGGUUACCUUUUCGCUAUCCUCAUAUUCCCACCAGCCAGAAUACACAAUUUUCUAGAAGUCCAAGACCCAAAAGUAGUGUGGUCUGCUAAUCAGAACUUUCUGGUUAGAGAUGAUGCAACCUUGCAACUCACGCAAGAUGGAGAUUUGAUCUUGAGAGAUGCCGAUGGUACUUUUGUUUGGUCCUCUAACACAUCUGGUAAGUCUGUUGUGGGCUUAAACUUGACCGAGAUAGGAAACCUGGUGCUGUUUGACAGCAAUAACGCAUCUGUCUGGCAGUCUUUUGAUCAUCCAACCGACAGUCUAGUUCCAGGACAGAUUCUGGUUUUCGAUCAGAAACUCACAGCUAGUGCAUCCAACAAAGACUGGUCUCAAGAAUCAAGAUAUGUCAUAUUCAGGAAAGAAGGUCUCCUCUUUCCCUCCGCUCAGCCCGUUUUUUCUUUUCCUGGCCCAUUUUCUGCUCAGUACAUGAAGUUGGAACCCAAAGGUUAUUUGACAUUUUAUGGGUUUUUCAAUGACAUUUGGAAGGUUUUGUUCAAUCCCCUUCUUGGAGACUUCAACUGCGCAUACCCUAUGAUAUGUGGCAAAUAUGGAGUUUGCUCAGAACAGCAGUGCUUUUGUCCAGGACCAACUGCAGGAGAAACAAGAUAUUUCACGCCAGUAAAUGAUGAGGAACCUGAUCUUGGGUGUAAAGAAAUCACACCCCUAUCCUGCAAUGCUUCUCAUUAUCAGAGUCUUCUUAUGCUCAGAAGCACAAUUUUUAAUAAAAAAGAAAGCGACAUUGAAAGUUGCAAGCAGGCCUGUUUAAGUAAUUGCUCCUGCAAAGCUGCAGUCUUUUGGUCUAGUCACGGAGCUUGCUAUCUACUAUCUGAAAUAUUUUCGCUGAUGAAGGAUGCUCAUCCACCGGGGUUGACGACAUUCAUUAAGGUGCAGAAUAUCUCAAAUCCGGGGGAUCCUCCAUCUUCCUCAAAUCCAGAGGGUCCUCAAUCUUCCUCAAGUCCAGAGACUAUCAUUAGUCAGCUGUUGUCUCCUUUCGGAGCUUUCGUGGGCCUGGUUUUUAUAGUUAUUAUGAUAGGAAGAUAUCUAAUUUUGAAAGGAAAAGAUGUCAAGGAAGACGGGGAGGAUAAAGAUCUGCUCCAAGUACCAGGGAUGCCAACUAGAUUCUCUCACGAAAUCUUGAUAGUGGCCACUGAAAAUUUUAGUCGGGAGCUUGGGAAAGGAGGAUUUGGUUCAGUCUUUGAAGGGAUUCUGACAGAUGGAACAAAAGUUGCUGUGAAGUGUAUCAAUGGUUUAUCUCAGACAAAGGAUUAUUUCUUAGCUGAGGUUGAGACCAUAGGCGGCAUUCACCAUUUGAACUUGGUGAGACUGGUAGGAUACUGUGCCAACAAAUCAAAUAGAUGCUUGGUUUAUGAAUACAUGUUUAAUGGCUCCUUGGAUAAAUGGAUCUUCCACAGAAACAAAGAGCUUGCUCUUGAUUGGCAAACAAGGAGGAAGAUCAUCCUGGAUAUAGCAAAGGGUCUAUCCUAUCUCCACGAAGAAUGCAGACAGAAAAUCAUCCACUUAGAUAUCAAACCCCAGAACAUCCUUUUAGACGAAAGUUUCAAUGCAAAAGUUUCUGAUUUCGGACUCUCCAAGCUAAUGGACAGGGACCAAAGCCAAGUGGUGACAACCUUGAGAGGAACUCCAGGAUACAUGGCUCCUGAAUGGCUGAUCUCCGCAAUCACAGAAAAAGUGGACGUCUACAGCUUUGGUAUUGUGACUCUGGAAAUUUUGUGUGGGCGAAGAAAUUUGGAUCACUCUCAGCCCGAGGAAGAUAAAUAUUUGUUAAGUCUUUUUAAGAGAAAGGCUGAGGAAGAUCAGAUGUUGGAUUUGGUGGAUAAGUACAGUGAGGAUAUGCAGUUACAUGGAGAAGAAGCUGUGGAGCUGAUGAGGCUUGCUGCAUGGUGUCUACAAAAUGACAAUGGUAGAAGGCCUUCUAUGUCGAUGGUGAUCAAGGUCUUGGAGGGGGUGAUCGAUGUUGAAGAUAAUCUGGACUACAAUUUCUUUAAUUCAUCAGGACUAGGAGCGACUGAAGCAGUUCAUCGGAGGGAGAUUAAUGUGGGUUUUGCCUCUCCUGUGUUGCCGUCUAUUCUAUCAGGACCCAGGUGA